UAAUCGUAUUUGAAUUUCAGUUUUUUGUUUGUUGUCUGUCAUUGCGUAGUGAUGUGGGUAACACGGUAUUAUGGUCCAUAUUUUUAAAGCGUGGGCAACCAUAAGUGAAGCCUGUAUCUAACAUUUUCAACGCUGCUGUUCAGAGCAGUAGGAUGGAUAGUGGGGAGGCUCCUGCUCAGCGGCCAGUCACCUUGGGCAUCACAGUGGACGAUGUAACCACAGAAGUCCCAGACCCUCCGGAACAAAUCACGGGUCAGACCCCUUCCAGAGACAACGUUAUUCCACAGGUAGACAGCAUUGACCUUGGUGUGGAGUUUGCCACUCCCCAGGAGGAUAGCAGUGCUACACCUUCAGAGAGCCUGAUGGACAAGUUGAAUGAUCAGAUGAUGGAGAGCGUCAUGAUUUCUGACUCCCCUAAUAACAGUGAGGAGGAUGAUGUAGCUCCCAUUGACUCUUUUCUGGAUGGAGGAGAGGAAGAGGAGAAUGUACGAGAGCCUUCAGGUGACAAAGAGGAACAAAAUGAAACUGGACAGAACACACCUGAGAUUAAAGCUUCAGUGGAGGAACAGGAGAGAGCUAGUCCUGAGGAGAAAGUGAAAGAGCACACAAAGGAGCAGACAGAUUUACAAGAGCAAGUCUCAGCCUGUGUUUCACCACAAGGUGACAUACAGAGUCCAUCAGACCUUAAAACUGAGCAACCAGCACCACAAGAAGCUAAAGGUAUUAGCCCAAAAGAUGAGCCUGUACCUGUGUGCACCAUAUUUAGCCAGGGCACCCAGCCUAAGUCUCUGGUGCCUGACGGCUUCCAGCCCACUCUCAUCAAGUCUCCCAGCUUCAGCAUGGGGAGUGGUGGGGGAAGCACUGAGGCAGUGACGCCUAGCAAGAUGACGGCCCCUCUUGUGUGCCAGCCCAGCCCCAGCCUCAGUAAGUUCUUCACUGACAACGGACAGGCCAACCCAGCCUCUGACUUCUUUGAUUCCUUUACAGCCCCUUCCAACUUCAUCUCUGUUUCAAACCCAAAUGCUGAGAUGCCCCCUGGCCCCAGCCCAGCGCCCAUAGCUCCCACCCCUGAACGUCAGCUCUCCUCCACCUCAUCCUCUAUAUCCACCCCAGGAGGACCUCUGGGCUCUGGUGCUCCCACUCCAAGCUCAGUGUUUGACCCUGCCCCUACUGAAUCCACUCCCAAGCCCCAACCUCCUCCACCCCAAGCAGUCCCACCUGCAGCUCAAGCCCCUGCCCCAGCCCCUCAGCCUCAGCCCUUCAACCAGCUCCAGGCUGUCUUCUCGGGCAGCGAUGACCCAUUUGCGACAGCGCUGAGCCUGAGUGAGGUGGACAGGCGCCAUGAUGCCUGGCUGCCAUCUGAGGAGACCAGGAAGGUGUUGAUCUCAGUGGCCACCCAGCAGCUUAACCCAAGCUAUGUUGAGACCAACCGACUCACCAUGCCUGGACUCAAGUUUGACAACCUGCAGGGCGACGCUGUAAAAGACCUAAUGCUUCGAUUCCUGGGAGAACAGGCAGCAAUGAAGCGUCAGGUCCUCACCGCCAACUCUGUGGAACAGUCCUUCGCUGGCCUCAAACAGCUUAUUAGCAGUAAGAACUGGCGGGCCGCGGUGGAUCUGACAGGCCGGCUGCUGACAGCUCAUGGUCAGGGAUAUGGAAAGGCCGGCCAGCCAAGCUCACACACCACCGAAUCUCUGCAGCUCUGGUUUGUGCGGCUGGCCCUCCUGACCAAACUGAACCUCUUCCAAAAUGCUGAGCUGGAGUUUGAGCCCUUUGUCAACCUGGAUCAACCAGACCUCUACUAUGAGUACUACCCCACUGUUUACCCUGGAAGAAGAGGCUCCAUGGUGCCAUUCUCCAUGCGGCUGCUGCAUGCUGAGCUUCCCCAGUACCUGACCAAGCCCCAGGAGGCUCUGGACCGCCUGCACAAUCUCAAAACUGUCUGCCUCGCUAUUCUGGAGAACUUGGAGAAAGGCAUGGCUGAGGAUGGCAGCAUGAUCACCCUAACACAGGAGAACAGGCAAGCUUCUCUUAAGCUUUGGAGGUCUCGCCUCAGCCGGGUCAUGUACUCCAUGGCCAACUGUCUGCUGCUGAUGAAGGAUUAUGUUCUGGCUGUGGAGACCUAUCACUCCAUCAUCCAGUAUGAGCCCCAGCAGAGAGUGCAGCUGCUCAGUGGCAUUGGACGCAUCUUCUUGCAGAUCGGAGACAUUAAGACGGCAGAGAGGUACUUCCAGGAUGUGCAGAAAGCCUGCCAGAUGAAAGGGAGCCAGCCCAGUCACACCACAUGCGUGCUGAUGAACAGAGCUUUUGUCUACCUCAGUCAGAACAACUAUGCUGAAGCACACGCAUCAUUCGUUGAAGUCUUGAAAAUUGACCCGAAAAACCCUGUUGCCAACAACAAUGCGGCGGUGUGCCUGCUGUAUCUGGGUCGUCUGAAGGAGUCCCUGGGCCAGCUGGAGGGCCUGGUGCAGCAGGAUCCUGCACUCUACCUCCACGAGAGCGUCCUCUUCAACCUGACCACUAUGUAUGAGCUGGAGUCGUCUCGCAGCAACCAGAAGAAGCAGGCUCUGCUGGAGGCCGUGGCCUGCCGGGAGGGGGACAGCUUCAACACGCAGUGCCUCAAACUGGUUUAAGAGGCGAGAGAAUGAACUCUAUUGCAUUCUCUUCCAGUGUGACAGGAAGUAAAACCCCAAGAGAGGACUCUGUAGAGGGGUAGAAAGCUCUUGUUCCUAUGAGAGUUUGGUGACAGAGAAGUGAACUUCUAGUACUCGGGUUGGUUUCUCGAGAGCAAGGUGAUACAAGAUCUUUCAGAACUGGUUUUAUUCUUACAAACUAAAUGUGGGAAGCCCAGGUUUGCAAUUCUCUACGUAUCCUGAAGGGUGACUCCGUAAUGAUUCACAGAUCUACGUACAGAAACAUCUCACACAUUAUGUUGGAUUGACACUGUAAAAAGGAAAUGGCCCUACAACAAUACCCCUACAAAAAUUGCUCGUGUAUGCAAGAGUUAAUUUUAUUUCACAGGUUUAAGGAAUAGUUUCAUGUUUUUGGAAAUUCACUUAUGUGCUCACUUGUUAGGAGUUUGGAGAGGAGGUCGAUGCGACUCUUGCGUCUAUACAGUCAACGCUGUAUACUAAAAGGAAGUUAGCUUAGCAUAUGAAGACUGGGAAUAGGGAAACAGCUAACCUGGCUCUGUCCAAAGUUUAAAAUAUAUAUAAAUAUCAUUUACUUUCAAGGAACCACUGUGCCUGCAUGACAACAUUACCAUUAACAAGCUCAUUUGCUAGCAUGUGUACGGCCAGCUGUGUGUUAUUGUCUUAUAGAGCAAGCUGGCUGUGGGUUUGUGAUAUUGUUUUAUUAUUUUUUUUAUGUUACAAUUGAUACAUUUCAGUAAACAAGAGAUACAUUGAAAAUUAGUUUUUUUUGUCUGUUGUCUCUCUACUACAUCGACCUACUUUCACUAAAUGAGACGUAAACAUGAAAGAAUUCUGCGGUAAUACAGUCGUGUUUUUGAAUAUAUGAUCAGCUGGAAGCUAUGUCUGCAUGAUUAUUCAUGAAGGACAUUUUGUUGGGAUGAUAGCUUGUUACCAGUAUACAGUUUGCUUCUCUCAUAGUCAUUUUUUCACUUGAACAUUUUGUAUUCAUUACAUUUGAGACACAGCAAUAAGUAACUAAUUUGUCAAAAGUAAAGACAACAGUAAGUGCACCAGGUUAAAAAGUUUAACCAGCAUUUUCUCUUGGCUGUAGUUUUUUUUUUUUUCAGGGACAGGUAUAUUAUGCACUUCUGCGCCAAAUAAAUUCUUACUGUACAAGCACCAGCUACCAAUAAUUAACCUACUGACACCGUUUGCUGUCCCCAUCUGUCACGUGACCCCCACCUUUCACAUUACGGUCCCAAUAGGAAACAGUCCAACGCAUAACCCUUUAAUAUUCCUACAGUCAAGCUGUUUCCCUCUGCUCCCAGUCUUUGUGUUAAGCUAACCAGCUACUGGCUCUAGCAUCAUAAUUAGUGUGCAGAUAUUUGUGGUACUUUCUCAUCUAAAUCUCCGUUAAGAAAACAAAUGAAAGUAUUUCCCAGAAGGUCGAACUAUUCCUCUAAAUUCUUUAUUUUUUAUGAAAGAAAUUCUAGUCGCACGUGAAAUAUCGAAUGAAGCACAGCGUCAUUGGAAGAGAGACCUUCAGUGUACUUUGCUCUGCAGGUUUGGUUUUAAGGGAGUUGCAGACUCAUCGUGUGAGACUUUGCACGGGCAUUAUCCUGAGCUUCAGUGUGUUUAAAGACUAAUAAACUACCACAGAGGUCCGAAGCUUGUUCCUCAGCAGACACCUGUAAUACUGGAUUAACAGUCGAACACCCCUCGGUUUCAACUGCCGAGUUUAUUAACUCAUGCAGUGAAAAUAAAAAAAAAAAGAAAAAGCCCGUCAGAUUGCAUCACAGUCUGUCCUCUAGACAAAAAAUGUUAAAUAUUGGGAACCCAAAAUUGUACAUAUCAGAGAAGCUGAUUUUUUUUUUCUGUUUAAAUGAUUGUAUCAAAAAAUAAUUAAAUCUUUUACUGAUUUGUCCUGGUGGAUCUUUAAUUAUCACAGUAUUCCUGCUGUGUUAAUCAUAUUUAUGUAUAUUAAAAAUGUUUGCUUUAUCCCAAUAAAGCUGUUCUUUUAAAUCAA